AUGGUAAUUGUUUAAGUAGAAAUAUCAAGCCAGAAGUUUUUAAUAAGGUGUACUUGAAGAUAAAAUUGCUGUAAUUUGCUUAUUCUUUAUUUAUAGAAAAACAGAUCUGAUACUCCUUGUUACUAUGAAUCUCAACCAAGUGGAUGUCUGAAACCUUUCUGUUCAUUCCUACACAAAAAGCCUAGACCUAAUGGUCAACCUCCAUCAGUGAAUACCAAUGGUCCUCCCCCCAUGGUACAUCAGGUCCAACCAGUUCAACCUGUUUUAUCACGGCCUGUGGCACCAGUUUCUCUUCCUGGUGCUGCUGGCACACCAGUACCUCACCCUGUUGCACCCAUACCACACCUUCCUGCUUCAUCAGUACCCAGGAUGGCAUCUUCUGGAAGUCAGGAUGCAAUGAAGAUUCCUACUAUAUCAUCUCCACCCAGACCAAGGCUACCUAUACAGCAGAAUAUUGGCAUGCGGAGACCACAAGUACCUAUGCAAUAUCCUCCAGUUAGUAGUAGGCCAAUGCUUGUACCACAGCCACCUCAGAUGGUCAGGGCACCCCAGUUCCCUGGGCCUCCACGUCCAGCAGGCAUUGUGCAACCUAUUUCGGCCAGCAGGGGAUUCCCUCCCUCAAGGCCAGGCGGUCCAGUUAGUUAUCCAAGAGGUAUGUUUCACUUUUUGCUCUCAGAACUGGGCAACAUGAAACAGCACAAAAUAUCAAAUUUCUUCUUGCAAAGUAGUCAGCAGUUUGUGUGUGUGUUUGCACAAUGUCAAAGUCAAAAGGAAACUGCUACUUAGGCUCGAUACCAACCGCUGUUCAGGAUAUGAGCCCGCACUCCUCCCCCGAGCAGAUGGUUGGAUGUAUGACUUUGCUAUUGUCAAUUACCACCAAUGAGAUUGUUGCCUGCUCAAAUCGAGAAGGCAGCAUAAAUUUAUUUUCCUGGGCGGAGUUGUUCAAAGCUGGGUUAAGAUAACCCAGGGUUAGUGCAAGAUUUGAAUUCAGAUUUGAAAGCUUAAAAAGCAUUUCAGUUUCAAUUCUUUUUGUCUACAAGUUGAUGAUUGGAAGCUCUAAAAAAGCAGAGAAGAUUGUCCGAGAAAAUGCUUUUGAACCCAAGAAAAAGAAACCCGGGGUAAAUAUAACCCCGGGUUAAGUGCUAAUUGGCUUUCUAACAACUGGGCCCUGGAGUAGAUUUUAAAUGGCGGAUGCAAAGGUGUUGUAUAAUGUGGCGUGCGAUAGUGUUCUAGAGCAUUUUAAGCUUAAAAACCUAAAUUAUUUACAAAGAAAAGUAUUAGCUUAGAGAAGCUGUUUAGUGGUAGGUAAUUUUUUGACAUUCAACCAACCAGAACUAUGGUAGUUGACCUGAAAGAGACAACUGUGAAGUCCAUCGGUAAUGCAAAGUCAAUGCAAGUACAAUCAGCACAUGUUUCUGCUGAUCUUUAUAGCAAAUACCAAAGCGACAAUGAGGCAUAGCACAACGUUUGUUCAGUAUUUACUGACAUUUCCCAUUUCCAAUGUUUCGUAACAAUGCAGACAUUAAAUUUUGAAUUUAAGUCACAGACACAAUAGGUCACUCACGCGUCCAGCCGUCUCUUCUCAGGGAGGACCGAGAGAGUAGCAGAAAUCGAGCCCAACUACUAUAGUUGCAGACACAUGUAAAAUGUGUAGUUUGUUACGUUACACCGUGAAAGAAUGCACCCCCUAAUCUAGGUUUAUGUGCUCAGGGAGAGGCUAACCUUGAGGAAGUCAUUCCUUGGGCCCUUGGCAGAAAUCAGAACUGGCUGGCUGGCUGGAACGGUCUUUUUGACAAUAAAAAUGGGCAGAGUAGAGGUUAUGUGUUGCACUGUACGACAAAUAAUGAUAAUCAGAUGGCAGUUGCAAGGGCAAUGAAUUGCAUUCUCAUCUCAAAAAGGUUUUUAUGAACUGUUUAGGCAGAAAUCACGCCUUUUAACAAAAUUUAAUUUUCCCCUUUAGAAAUCAUAACACCGCAGCGGUCAUAUCACCUUCCACCAAUGUAUGCAGGAAGACCAGAAGGUAAAUGUGAUAAACACAAAACAGUAAUGCUAAAGGUUGGAGCAGUAGAACUUUCCAGGACCUUGAAAAAAAAAAUGAAUUCCAGCUUGUCCUUUGGGCAAGCAGUCCUCACAUUUUUCUUGCCUUGGGCCACUUCUUGCUCCUCUUCGUGAGUGAUUUUGUUAGAGGAUGUCUUGCCUGGACCCUUAAGGCAAGUAAGUUUUUCAAGUUACAUGUGCUUACCCAGCAGGAAAAUCUUCAAGUACUUGCCCUGGACUACCGCAUAGGACUUUUUUCAAGCAUUGGUUUGAUCAAAGGCACCAACUUGAAGUUGAUUAACCUGACAAAAUAUGAAAUUGUGCACCCUCAUUUCAAUCUUGAUUAUUCCUUUGGAUCAAAAUCAAUGCUUUUUACUCAUCUCCUUCAGGUUUAGCAAUGCCUUUCAUGCCAGGACCAAUAAAGGAGAAAUUUCAAGCAGACGAUUUUGACAGUCUGAGUGAAGGUAUUGCACUGCAUGAUGAGGCCUAUUAAGGCUGAAACCAGAAAGAACAUUUGACAACAUUGAAGAAAAUUUGAUUUCUUGAUGGAUUAUCACAAUAAAUUAUUAUUGUGAUAAACCAUCAAAAGUUAAACUGUUUCACAAUUACAGGCAGAAUAACCAGAGUAGCAGGCAGCAAAGGCCUAAACUUUGUGGUUGUUGUUUUGUUUUGUGUUAAGUUGGCAGCAAAUAAUCAUUCUGUUGGAAGGGGCAAAAUGGCUGGCUGUGGGCUCAUUUUGAUGUAGCUGAAAUAUGUGGUCCUUUCUCUAGGUUCAGAUUCUUUCUCAAGUAGUGAAGAUGAAGAGGAACGGAAGAGAUCCCGACAAGUACCUCGCCGCAAGGUUCAUAGCAGCUCACAUAGGGAAGUGUAUACAAAUAACAGGAGAGAGGUACAUGGCAGACGAAAACAGCAGUCCAACAAACCAAGUCGUGGCAGUAAGUUACUACAAGAGGAAUGCAUUGCUUUGUAUAGUAGCAGCUUCAGGCUUGUUCAUGAAUAACUUCAAGAGUAACUUUUCUUUUGUUUUGCUCCUAGGAGAUAGAAGUGAUGACAGAAAAAGACCUGAUGUCACAAGAGAUAGAAGCAAGAGUGCUGCAGGUAAUUGUUUUGCAAGUACAAAUGAGCAAGGAAAAUUUGCCUGCAUUGGAAAGGUUUUCAGAUAGGAAAAUAAUGGUGUGUUUUUAUCAUGUGAGCUAAAGGAAUGUGAUUGUAUGUACAAUGAAAAUGAAGUAUUCGUAUAUUAAUGGUGAGUUUACGCAACAAGACGGCAGAAAGAAAAGGACGGCAAAAUGCUUGUGUGUGAGAUACGUGACAGGCCUAUUAGUUGUGUGUUUUGCGGUGAUCUUCACUUAAGUUAAUGUUUUCUGGUCUUUCACAAAAAGACCGGUUUAAAGGAGGGUGAAGUUCAGCGGAAAAGUUUCUGAAACAAAAUUGUUGUCACGCUUGUCACACAAAGUUUGCUGUCUUCUUUUCUUUCCCGUCCUGUUGCGUAAACUCACUAAUACUAGCACUGCCUCCUGCAUGUAAGGUGUUUGUUGUCGACAAAAGUAAUAAUCAUUUGAGAGUGAAAUGACAUGGGCUUUAUAGUGACUGUAAAUUCAGACUUGUUUAAUAUUGAUUAUAUUAGGAGGUCACUCAUUAGAAUACAACUAAAUUUCACAGCUAGUUACUGUAACAUAUCCUUGGUCACACAAAGUUUCGUUUCUGCUACCUAGAUCAUGACACCUUGAAGCAGUAAUUGACUCUUAAUAAGUAGUUGAGGUUGCAUGAGAGUGUGUGAGAUCAUGUCAGUUUAGACCAUAAUGGGGUGAAUACAUCUAAAGGAUCAACCAGCAUGAGAAAACUACUGGUUUUGAGUGUUAAGGAGAAAAAGAGAAAAGCUUGAACACUCUUCAGUUCUACGGAAUGAAUGUCAUUCUCAUAUACACUGGGUUUGUACAGUCUUGUAUUCUUGAAAAAGUCUUGAAAUUUGCAAAGCAAUUUUCCAGAUUUGGAAAAAGUUUGGAAAAUGAUAAAAAGUCUUUUUUUCCAGAGUUACAAGUGCUUAAUAAGUGAUUUUGUUUUUCCCGUAGUCAAAUCUCACCCAAUCUCACCCGUAGCCAAAACAUUUCAUCACAAAAUGAGAAGUUUCAUAACUCUCUUGGUCACCGUAUGUUUACAAUGCAUCAUGGAAAAGCUUGGUUCCUGUGUUUUUUAAGGUCUCUAUUGAUCACCUAUUGUAACCUUGAGUCUGGAAAAAAAAUAUUGUUUUGGAAAAAGCCUUGAAUUUUGGAUCCAAAAAUCUGUACAAGCCCUGUUUUACAGUACUCUGUAUUACGUUGUAUUCGUUUGCACAGAAGCUGAACGUGACAGGUCUAGGACAAAAAGAAAACCAUCAAAGAAGUCACCACCAAAACGAGAAAAUGAAGUGCGUGAGAGGCAAGAGACCAAGCAGGAAAGAAAGCCCAGUUCAUCUAAAGAUGAAGAAAUAGAAGGAGAAACUGGGAGAGAUAAAAGUUCAGAGACAAAGGAAGCUGAUAGUUCAGAUAUAAAAGUGAAAACUUUGGAACAAAUAUUGAGAGAGAAAGCAAUAAAAAAGAUGGAGGAGAGAAGAGCUCUGAGCAAAGAUGUGAAGCCAGAUGAGGAUAAGGAAACCAAAGAGGAAGAGGACUUUGAUGAAUCAAGUAAAGAUACUGUGAAGGAUGAAGAAGAAGAGUCUGAUGUUGAUGAUGCUGAGAACAGUAAAAAGUCUCCACUCAAGAAAGUAGUUAGAACCAAAACCAAAGGUGAUGAUCCCCAACCUUCAAGUGAAAAGUCGACCUCAAGUAAAAAGGUUUCAUCUAUGGUUAAAAAGGUUCCUCCGAAGAAAGUCGUUAGCUUAAAUAAUGAUGACAACAAUACUCUAAAUACUUCAAGUGAAAAGACAAGAACUUUAAGAAAGGUGUCAUCAAACAAUGAAAAGAACUGGCCUCUUAGGAAGAUAAUGAGCACCGUUAACAAAGAC